AUGAGAGUUUUGGCCACUUGUCUAACUCAGAAAGGAGCUGAAGAUCUGAAGAAGGAGACAUCUAGCCGACUGCAAACAGUUAUCCUGGAUAUUUCUAACGCUCGGUGUGUCAGCUCUGUUGCUACAUGGGUUUCUGAUGUUGUUGGCGACAAUGGUCUGUGGGGGUUAGUGAAUAAUGCAGGAACAGGGAUGCCUGGUGCACCUAAUGAAUGGUUGACAAAAGGAGACUUUGAAAGAGUUCUUAAUGUGAAUCUGGUGGGCCCUAUCGAUGUAACCCUUAGGCUCUUGCCAUUAAUCAGGAAAUCCAAAGGGCGCAUUGUUAACAUGUCCAGUAUAGUGGGAAGGGUGACUAUCUGUGGAGGAGGAUAUUGCAUUUCUAAAUUUGGAGUUGAAGCAUUUUCAGACAGUCUGAGGCGUGAGAUAAAACCCUUUGGAGUAAAAGUUUCCAUUAUAGAACCUGGCUAUUUUAAGACUGGACUGAAUGAUAUGCAGUACAUGAAAAACAUUCUGAGCAAUAUUUGGAAAAACCUCCAACCAGAAGUCCGUUAUAGCUAUGGAGAGAAAUAUUUCAAACGUUACGUGUCUGAUAUGGAGAAGACCUUCUCAUCCCUCUGCAAUACAGACCUAACUCCUGUCACAAACUGCAUGGAGCAUGCACUGACUGCUGUCCACCCCAAAACACGCUACUCAGCAGGCUGGGAUGCCAAACUCUUCUUUAUACCACUCUCCUAUGUCCCAACUGUAAUCUCUGACUACCUGCUUACUCGAACAGCUCCCACACCAGCUCAUUAA